AUGCCGCUGGAAUUCCGUGGCGCUUUAGUGCAGCAACUUCGUGACGUUACCAAGAAGCUUGGGCUUACUUUGGCUACUCUACACUCAGCUGUGGCACAACUGGACCUUUUCAUGGAUGCUCAUCGACUAAGAGCCGAUCGUCUUACACAUGUGGCACUAGCUUGUCUCAGUUUAGCGGCAAAAAGUGAAGAAAAAUUUAGCCGGGCGCCAACUUUGAAAACAUUGUCGAAGAUUAGUGGGGUACAGCUUUGUGGAAAGACAUUCAGGCAGCUGGAAUGGAUGGUGGGCCAGCAUGUGAGAUGGAGGCUUCUGGCGCCUACUCCAGUUACUUUUGCAGCGCUUUUAGCGCAGUACGUAGUCACUGAUGGCGAUCUAACGACUAGGCAUCCGAAGUUUGUGAGGCGCUUCAAGAGGGACGGUGCUAAGUUACUAGAGGCGUAUUUGGACUUGACUCUAUCGGAUGUCCGUUUAAAAGUGGUGGAGUCUGUAGACGUUGGUUGUGCCUGUGUGGCUUGUGCCAGAGCUGAUUUGGGAUUAUGCGCCUGGCCUGGAUGGUUGGCGACUGUUUCUGGAAGAAAAGCGACUAGCGUUGCUCCUAUAGCACGUCUGCUGCAGAGAAUGAUGCAAAUCCUAAAAUCUCGUGAUGGCAAUGUGGACUCUGAAGUUGAUCAAGGAUACAGCAGCGCUAGGACAUCACCGAAUCAGACCCCUUGCAAUUCACCAAGGUAUCAAGUAUCUCCUGCUUCAAGCACAUGUAGUGCAUCAAGCCACAUCAACGUUGAUUAUAGACAGCAUCCUAUCACAGAAAGGAGGUUAGACAACGCAUAUUCUGUCCUAGACUUAUCCGAUGCAAAUGCUGCCCCAACAGUGAAUGUCCAGGAUUAUUACCAUCUGCCCACAGCAAUUGAUAUGACAUGCCAGAGAGUUAACAACCCAGUGGAUUACAGAUAUUGCAGGUCUUCGAGGUUAAUUGAAGCUAGUUUAGGUACGGUACAACCGUCUAAUAUGGCUGUGAAACGUGGCUUAGACACGAAUAUAGAGUUAGAAAGGAAGAGAUAUCGGUUAGCGUCUCAAAUGUCUCAGGUGGUUCUUUGA